AACCGAAAACCAGUCAGCAUUCACAACAGUGAUUUUCCGAGAGGAAGACCUUCGUAUGCAGCGCGAAACCGGACAAACUUUAGAUAUUAAAAUCAGAGCUGAAAUGGAAUUGGAGGUGAUGGUAGACCACAGUGAGGUGUAUCCUGCACAGGAUACGGAGUUUAAGAUCGUCGAGGUGUUUUCGAUGGACAAUUUACAAUCAGGUGCUUCAAAUACCGUGGCCGAGGUCGUCAUUGAGGAGGAAUCAGACAGUGACGCCCUUGUAGUUGAUCAUGACUUUGGGUUUGGAGCUCCACAUGCAGAAUACCACGUUGAUGCAGAGUUCCAGUCAGCUGAACCACCAGUUAAAAAGAGACGAAGGCGGCAGACACAGCAGAAGUUGUUCUGCCCCAUCUGUGGAAAGAUGUGCAUGUCCAUCUCAGGGCUGAAAGUGCACCAGAAGAUGCACACGAGGGAUUCAUCACUUGACUGCAACAUCUGUAACAUGACCUUCCCAUCCCAGAUAGCUCAGAGCGCCCACAUGGCCAUCCAUAACCCGGAGAAGACCCACCAGUGCCCCUGCUGUCCCUUGCGCUUUGCCUCGGACAGGGCACUGCAGGGCCACUUCAGAGUCCACCACAAGGGCUCUGACAUGAUGCUGGCUCGGAAGAAGCAGGUGAAGCAGGUGAAGCAGGUUAAGCAACAGAAAUCUCAGCCGCCGCCGCCGCGGAGGGCACAGCGCACUCCGUCGCCACCUAGUGGGCAUUUUAGUCCGUUGCCACCCAUGGAGCAUUUCAGUGAGUCGCCACCCAGAAGUGUCAAACGGCAGAGCAAAAAGAAGCACAAGAAGCAGCCGCCAGGACCGCUUCAGCUGCCUGAGAUGCCUGAGCCACAGAUUGCCAGUCAACAGCAGACGGAGAGCCGCAAAGGCAAGCAGGCGCCAGCGUCCAGGAACAGGGAGAAAAUCAAGUUGGCAAAACUGAACCGUAAGGCCUUUUUGCAAGCUAGUCCCGUACAGCAGGCCUCUUACCUGCAGCAGGUAAUCGAGGAGAGCAGCAAAAAGCCUGUUCCUGCGCACAAGGCCGGUCCCGACCGGACCGGGGCGUACCGCUGCAACAUCUGCAAGAAGAUUUUCCGAGAGCUCCACUUCCUGGAGAAGCACAUUGUCAUCCACAUGACGUCGCGGCUGCACAAGUGCAGCAUGUGCAGCGAGUCGUUUGACUCGGCGCGGGCACUGAACGCCCACGAGAGCGAAGUGCAUGACCAAGGGCAGUACAUCUGCCACAUCUGUGGCAAGAACUUGCACAAGCUGGGCUCUCUGAUCAACCACCAACUUCUUCAUGAGAAGAAGGGCGCCAAUACAAAGGUGAGGUCGAAGAAAUCCCGUUAAAGUCACAGGAGCCACUGACUUCAAGGAGGAGGACUUUUUAUUAGAAGAUAUGUGAACAUUGAGACAUUUGAAUGGGGGGACUGGAUGGAUCGUUUCUCAGAGAAUCUCUUGCUCUAUGCUUUUCAGACCACUGUUGUUCUGCACAAACACAUGGUUUCCAUGUCCCCUCCCAAUUAAACCAAAUUAUCAGGUUAAACAUUAUGGGGUUAUCCCUCCCAGCAUGUAAAUCUUAGCAAGAUGGUAGUUUAGUUAGGCUAGACUUCAUAUAUGAAUUCAGAGGGCAUUACACGACUGCUAGUUAGUCAUUCUAAAAUCCACAGCACUCUGAUCAUGUUUACAGCCCUUUCAUCUUCCAGAUACAAGGACUUUCUUUAUGUUGGCUGGUGUUUACAUGAGAUCAGAAACCGAAAGCUUUGGACUCAACAAAAUGAGUACACUUCAAAAGUCAGACAAUAACAAGGCUUCCAAACUGUCAUUAAACUAGCAUAUUUCAACCUUAUGCUGAGCCUGCAGAAUAUUUUCCUCAGUAGGCAAUUGUGCUUUUCUUUUCCUAGUUCAGGGAUCAAUUAGUGAAUAGACACUAAUGAAAUUAUGGUAUUUAUUCACAUUUACCUGAAUUCUGUUAAGCCCCUGUAUGUAUUUUGUAGCUUAUCCAUAUUUUCUUUGUUUUUCCAAAAAUUAAAAAAAGAAACAAAAAAAACCAAUGUGAUCCAGAUCCUGAUUGAUUGCAGGCUCUGUCCAUGGUGAAGGAAACAACCAUCCUAGUCCUUUACCGUGUCUGACCGACUAGUUUCAGAAGGGCAAGCUGUCCUGUCGUGCCAGGAACGGCAGUAAGAAGAGGCCCAUCACUCGGAAGACACUACUGUCUGAUUACGACCAUUAAACUGAAAUCUUUCACAAGUCAAGACUUUACAGAUAGCUUAACUAAACUAUCUUCCCUUGAGUAUUAUGUCUACUGAUAUGUAAUUGGAUGUUUGUUCACAAUGUUCAACAUGCUUAUCCUUGUUUAUUUAGUUAUUUUGAGAUCUGAUUGACUACAAAUGAUAAAGGAAAAAAAUAAGGCAGCCACAUUUAAGCUAAUAUUCUCAUAUCCUGUAUUAGGAAUGCAUCAAACAGUUGUGUUGCGCAUUCCUGUAACAGUAUUAAAUGUUUUGUCUUUGAUGUAGUGUGCAUUUUUUUCCCCAUGUUAUUUUCCAUAAAUCCAUAUAAAACUAACAUCAUUGUUAA